AUGCAUUGUUGGGCAUUAGAGGCAACCCGGUGCCGUAAGCGACGAGAGUCUGUGCUUCUUCACCGGCCGCCGUUGGCCUCAGGCUCAGAAAGCUCUCCCCCUGUUCCUUCUCUCCUCCUCUUCUUCUUCUCCUCCUUCUCCUCCUCCUUCUUCUUCUUCUUCUUCUUCUCAGCCGGCUCGCCGGGACCCUCCCCCAGCGUAGCCGUAGCCUUUUGCAGCCUGGCUGCCUUUCUUCGUGGCAGCCUCUGCACGCCGCGGCAUGGUGCUGGGCAGGGCCUCAAGAAGUCAGGUCUCACUUUGAAGACGUGGGGAUUGCCUUAA